UGUAACACUAUAAAUAUGGAUGGCUAAUAACAUAAACUCAUUCCAAAACAAAGAAAAGAGAGAGGAUUAAAGUAGAUUGAGAAGUCCCCCAUCAUGGCCAAAAAAGGAGAACAUUCCGGAGCUAAGGAAGUGAAACUUGCCAAACCCAAAAUCUCCAUGUCGGAUCUCACCUUUGUCAUUUAUGUAACUACCGAAGAAAAGAUGUUAGCACUUAAGAAACUUGGUGCGGAGCUAGAGUUUGGCUCCAAUAAUCGGUUCCAUAUACAAGUCGAAAACUUGAGCCAUCUCGGAAUGUCAAAGUCCAGUAUGACUGGUGUAAAUAUCAAGUGCGAAGUCAUUUAUAAGGAUGAUUGGGAAGAAGACGACAACGUCAUAAUCGUUGAUGCUCGAAGGCCAUUAGACACAAACUUUGGAUGGCUGAACAACGAUCUUGUUACUCCAAAAGGUUAUAUCUUAAACCGCGGCCUAGUCGCCGAUAUCACAGUGAGUUUCAAGAGCGGGUUAUUUGACAAGAUCGACCUACAGAUAUUCCAUCAAGGCGAGGGGAGAUAUUUUUCCCUUGACGAUACUCUUACUUAUCUUCAAUGUUUUUUCCUCUCUAAAAUCUAACUUAUAUAUAUAAGUUAUGCAAAGCCUUGUAUACAUUGGUUAAUGAUAUGGUAUUUAAAUAACAA